AACCGUUGUGUUUUGGGCGAGACUGAAACUGAAUGAUGGCCUCAAUUCCAUGUACUAUCCAACUAUCCUUCCCCUCAAAACCCAACACUUCACCAUCCUCUUUAUGUGGGUCGACUCAAUGUUUGUCCAAUCUUAAUUCUCAGUUUCUGGGUGGUAAACGGCUCGGAUGGUUCAGACCCUCCAGACUUGGACCCAGUUCUGGUUCUAGAGCUACAUGCUGGUUCAAAUUCGGUAAAAAUGGUGUUGAUGCUGAGGGAGCUGGCAUUUAUGGCAGCCAAACACGUGAUGAUUUUGACCGCGAUGAUGUUGAACAGUAUUUCAACUACAUGGGUAUGCUUGCUGUUGAGGGUUCAUACGAUAAGAUGGAGGCUCUUUUAAGCCUAAACAUUCACCCAGUAGACAUCUUAUUGAUGAUGGCUGCAUCAGAAGGUGACAAGCCAAAACUUGAAGAGUUGCUGAGAGCUGGAGCUGAUUACAGUGUCAAGGAUGCAGAUGGACGGACCGCACUUGAUAGGGCGGCUAGUGAUGAAAUCAAGGACUUUAUCCUUGGUUUUUCAGUUCAGAAGGCAUGAUCUAGAGCGUUGUUACAAGUUUUUUUUCCCUUAUAUUUAUUUCAUUUCUUGUUUUUGUAUCCAGAUUUUCAGAUAUAUAUGAAUCUAUGUUAUGUAGUUCUUUGUUGCAAAUGUAAACUACCUGUCCUGCUAUUUAGUCUACAUUUUGAAUAAUCUAGCAGUGUUCAUUAG